AUGUCCAAGUCACGCCGAGAUGUGGACAAGGUGCAGCUCGGCUACCACCGUGCCGAGAACACCGAGACGGUGAGUUCGCCGCACACGUAUGCCUACAACAGCAGUAAGAGCGUCCCGUCUACAGCCAAGCCGGAUAAGCCGACAGUGUCAAACAUACGCAUCGUGUCUGCAGUCGCGGGGCUGCCGCCGUCGGCCUUUGCCGCGAAGGCGUCUGGGAAGCGGGAGAAGAAGAAGGAGGAGGAGCCGGAGAGCGUCACCGCCGCCGAAGGCAGCCCGUCAUCGUCGUCGACGCUGUUGUAUGACGCGGCGAGUGGGGCGCGGACCACUGUGGACGGGUUCCCCUGGUCAACACGGCGGGUGGAGCGGAUGUCGUUUGAGUUGCAGCACGUGAGUCCUCCCAUUUCGAACCUGUUCCGUCGUGUGCUGAUGACGGAGGUGCCAACGCUGGCAUUCGACCGCGUUUUGAUCGAAGAAAACGACAGCCCGGUGCUGGAUGAACUAUUGUCACACCGCCUCGGCCUCAUCCCGGUGGCGGGUCCGGUGAUGAAGAUGCAGUACAUCACAGAGAGCAAUCAGGCAAGCUUUACCAACCUUGACCCGAGCCGCAUACUGCUGUUUGAGCUGGACGCCAUGGGCGCUAAGGAUGCGGCGGUGACACCGGUGUAUAGCCACCAGCUACAGUGGGUUCCGCUGCCGGGGCAAGAGAAAAAGGGCGGUGCCAAGGUCGGCGCUGGUGCAGAUGCCCGCGAAGCGGAGAGAGGGGGUGAUGCCGGUGCAGCAGAGUUCAACACGGAUGACGAUGACGACGCGGUGUUCCUCGUACACCCUGAUAUUCUGCUGACGAAGCUGGGCCCUGGUCAGCGUAUCAAGCUCAAGGCGAUCGCUGUGAAAGGCUUCGGCGCAGUGCAUGCCAAGUGGUGCCCAGUGUCGGCAUGCUAUUACGAGAUGAAGACCUCCGUCGAGCUGCGUGAGCGGCUGACUGGUUCAGCGGCCGAGGCGCUCGUGAAGUCAUGCCCCGCUGGUGUUUUCGGCUACGAGGACGGCCAGAAGGGGGCGGCAGCUACCGUCUUGGCGCCAGAGAAGUGCACGCUGUGCCGCGAGUGUCUCCGCAGCGACGACAAUGCGGGAGCUGCCGCCGCCAGCGAAGGCGACCGAGUACGGGUGCAGAAGGACAAGACACACGUCAUCUUUCACAUUGAAAGCGUGGGCCAGCUUCACCCGGCCCAGAUUCUGCGCUUCGGCCUCCGCCUCUUCGCUGAGCGCUGCCGAGCGCUCGCGGAGAUCGUGCAAUCGACCGAGGUGCACGUGGUGGAUGCUAGCGCCAAGUUACUGGAACCCUGA